CUGUCGAUAUCACACGGUGAACGAUGAAGAUUGUACUGGUAACCGCGUCGUUGCUGCUGCUGGUAAGCACGGUGCUAGCAUGGGGCGAGACGGGCCCGAAGUGUCCGAGAAACUGGUUUAUGUAUAACAACACCAAGUGCUUGAUGCUCUUCACAAGACCAGAGCGUUGGCUGGAAGCGAGGAAACAGUGUGGCUUCCAAAACCCCGGUGGCGACUUGGUCAUUAUCGAGUCCGAGGAAAAGAAAGCCUUUGUACACUCCAUGGUGCACUAUAAGCCGCCCUUGUUCAGCUGCGGCUUGUUAAGCAAGAACCCCUACUGGAUAGGCUUGAACGACCGGAACCAUGAGUUCGUCUUCGAGUGGAACGACACCGGGGAAAGCGGGAAUUACCGCAACUGGGCAUUCCUGGAGCCCAACAACCAGUUUGGUGAAGACUGCGUCGAAAUGGACUACGACAAGGGCAAAUGGAACGACGAAGACUGCAACACGAAGCGCUGUUUCGUGUGUGAGGUGCAAGUUAGCUAGAUCUGGAUCUUUUUGGCUGUGGCGUCAAUGAGAUCUCUGACACAUCAGGCCUACCCUUAAAUACAUCUGUUUCCAAGCGUGGGAUCUUUAUUUUCUGAUCAAAAUUUAACAUGCUCAAAAUCUCCAUGUAACUGAAGUCAUACUACUUAUUGAUAUUUGUUUGUUUUUAAAUAAUCUUAGGUAACUUUUCUUCGAUCGAGAGUGACAUCAACCAACGAUGAUUACUUGAAACUGGAUAUCAUGAUCACUUAUGGUUCUGUUAAUUCCUGUUUCAUAAUUUUCCUCUUCACUUCCUGUUGAAACGACCGAUUUAACAUACGCAAAGUGUAUCUUCUCGAAUAAAACUCCUCAUCCGUUUUUUUCCGACAAUAGGAUUCUUGCAGUCAUCCCAUUUUUUCCCCAAAACGUAGGCUUGAAGACAUAGUCAUAAUUAGAAUAAAGUCAUUGAAUUCAGCAGCGACUAGACUCGUGUGCACGUUUAUUUCCUCUUAGAGGUAAGUGACAGCGAGGGUGUAGACACAAGGGAGGUAGGAAGCGUUUUGUUUUUCUUUUGCCUUAUACCAAGAACUGGUCAGGUGUUGUAGUCGUGUACUUUUCGAGUACCAAUUUCACUGUCAAUGUUGAACCAGUUCGGGGGGAAGCAAAGCUUAGGAACAUGAACAUUAGACAGACUGAAAGGUUUAAGAUUGCAAAAAGAAAAGUACGACUUGAGAUCAUCCUUGUAUAAUAACCAUUAAGGUUUUAAACCAACGCCAAACAUGUUGUUGGGCCCCCUCGGCGGUGGUUGGUGCCGUAUGCGUCAACCCAGCGGGAAGGUCUGCUUGCUCUUGCGGUCUUUGAGUCAGAUCAAGUACGGUACUUCUUGACGCAGCCGGCCAAGGUCUGUGCGUGCAAAUGCAAAUGUAUGCCCCGUCUACAUUUAGCUCCCCGUCCAAGGAAAUUGUAACCGGAUCGGCAUCGGGCACCUAGCAGUUACGCCUGAUCCCAAGUUACAUUCAAGUUACAUAAGUGUUACAAGAACUUGUAACACGUCUCGUUGUUCUCGUUCCAAUUUGUAGCGCCUGUGCAUGGGACACUGACCGUGGCAAGAUAAAAGGUGCCAACAACGAUCACCAGCACUCCACAUAGGCCUAGUCCUCGCUGUGUCCUAACUCCUGGAAAAUGCGGCAUUUAAAUUAAUGUCUCACACGCAUUCAUUUAAAUAACAUGAACAUCUCACCUGAUUUCUGCUUCAACACAUAAAACUAUUAUGCUAGCCAUGGCCCAAACUAGUUUAGGAUCGCUUCAAAAAUAUGUUUGCAUUUUUAUUUUUAAGACCUAAAUCGGAGCACAAUUGUUCGAUCAAUACACCACUCAAAAUUCCUCCUAAUUGUUUUGUAUAUCACUACCAGUGAGAGAAAUUAAGUUAUCUGGGACAUACUUACU